UUACACAGAACUUGGUCGCCGAUUAAUGAUAAUCUGUCUUCUCUCCUCACUUUGUUUUUAGUAUCAAUUGAUCUUUGUAUGAGGAAAGAUCUUAAGAGAGUUUUACAUCUGUUUUUAAAAACAAGGAUUAAUUAAUUAAUUUUAUCAAUAGACUAAUUUUAAAUUGACUCAACAAAUAUAUAAAAUGGUGAAAAGCAUAUCUGUUCGAUAUCAAUAUGGCUGGAGUGCGGAGAGUGGAGUAUCUGAUGUCACAGAGAGGGGCCCCUCAAAUUGUUCUGGAUAGUUAUGGUUACACCAGAAAUAAGGUCAGACAGAUCUGCACCCACUGGAGAUGCGUCGUCAAGACCUGCACGGGGAGGUGUUCAACUGUCGGAGACUUCCUUCGAACACAGACAGAGCACAACCAUGCACCAGAUGACGACCCCAAGCAAAAGUUUGUCAGUGAACUGUGCAAGCGAGCUAGAGAGGAGACAACACAGAUGCAGACCUUGUACACAGAGCAGCUGUCAGUAGAGGAGGAAGACAACCUACACGUUCUUCCAUCUUUCAUGGAACCAUCACAACACUGUAGGACCAAGGACCAACAACAACUUGGAAGGUUUCCACAGUCGGAUGAACAGAUCUCUUCCACACCGCCACCCCAACAUAUUUCGCUUUGUGGAAGUAAUUCGGAGGAUCAAGAUGGCUGA